AUUGUUGUCAUGCUGGAAACUGGUUUUAAAUGUUCAGUGACAGGAGAUCCGCACUUUACAGGAUUGGAUUACAGGCAUUCGUACCACCUCUACCAGACAGGAGACUACACCGUCUACGCUUGUGGCGCCACUGUCACCUGCAUCUGUGGUGUGGUUGUCAGAGAACAGAAUGACAUCAUCAGGUACUGGCCAUUUUAUCCAACUCUCAGUUUCCUUCCUCACCCCCUCUUCCUACCCUUUCCCAUUCUCACUAUCUAUUUUCUUUUUUGCCAUCUCAGCUCCUUUUACUGUUAUCCAGAAUGGGGCAGUACAGCUGAAAACGACUUCACACACAGCGAUGGACAAGUGAGCCCAGUUUGUCCAGCAGGUGUGCAUUGUGUACCUGUAGCUUUCACAGAGUCUUGGAGAGUGGCCGGAUCAGCCAGCUUGUUUUUAGCUGCACCAAAGCAGAUCCAGGAGAAGCCUCCAGCCCAGUACUGCUCAUGUUCUCUCACUGCCCAGGGACAGUCGCAGUUCACCUGCUCUCCCAGACAACACAUUCAGGACAGUCAACUGACG